AUGGCUUCUCUAAUAAAUCAUCCCCUUUCAAGCGGCACUCCCGCAGACUUCGUCCUGGCAGACGAAACCCCCCAUCGUCAAAUAUCAUCCUUAUCCAAUCCCGACGACCCAUCUACCCCGACUUCCCAUCCAAGAUCAACCAACACUGCCUCCUCAGCCCAGCCCAUCUUAUUACCUUACCAAUACGCAAUAGAACAAUCUGAUUCUCUUCCUACAUCCAGCAGAGAUAUCAUAGAACCCCUAAGAAGAGCAGGUACCAGAACUCGUAGUACCCCGCAAGCUGAGCUCCGGCCGAGACGUACUCCAGCUGAAGUCCUCGGUCGUAGACGUCGAGAUUAUACUCUAGACCGAGGGGAACAGUCAAAUACUCCUCCAAGUCCCGGAGACUCUUCGAAUCCUUCGAAUCCAGAAAUCGAACAUCGUCAUAAACGACAACGACAAAGUGCUACUAUGAGAUUUGACGGAGAGAGCAGUAACUCGAAUGGUAACUCGAGAUCAGUUUCAAAUGGAGCCGGACCUUCCCCUCUACACAAGGCAGCCCCUAUAAAUUCUGCCAACGGUGCACACUCUCUCUCGUUAGCCAUGAACGGAUCAAGUACAAAUGGUCACUCAGACUCGGGUAUCAAGCCAGUAUCUACAUACUUUGGACAUGAUAGGGAGGAAGUUACAAGGAUCUUAAUUCAAGCUUUGACGGACUUGGGCUAUAAUGGUGCUGCUGGAACGUUAAGUCAGGAAAGUGGUUAUGAUCUAGAAAGUCCAACGGUGGCAGCUUUUCGAAAUGCUGUCUUACAGGGCGAGUGGACGGAAGCCGAAGAGCUCCUUUUCGGAGGAUCCACGGAGAAAAUCGCAGUAAACAUUUAUGGUAAUGGGUUGGCUCUCCGAGAUGGUGUGGACAAAAACUUUAUGCGAUUUUGGAUGCGCCAACAGAAGUUCUUGGAACUACUUGAGCAAAAGGAUAUGGGCAGAGCAAUUAAUGUAUUGCGAUCCGAACUCACCCCAUUGUAUCAGGACACCGCCAAAUUACAUUUUCUGUCAAGCUUACUGAUGUGUACACCUGAAGAUUUGAAAGUCAAGGCUAAUUGGGAUGGUGCCACUGGAAUAUCAAGACAACUACUUCUCUCGCAACUGUCAAAAUGCAUAUCACCGUCAGCUAUGUUACCCGAGAAUCGUUUAGCCACCCUCUUCAACCAAGUCAAACAACACCAAAUAUCUACCUGUAUCUAUCACAACACAUAUGCAUCACCUUCACUGUAUAAAGAUCAUACAUGUGACCGAAGCAAUUUUCCAUUACGGCCUGUUGUAGAACUCGACAAACAUUCUGGUGAGAUAUGGGAUACCAAGUUCUCACACGAUGGAACUCUGUUAGCGAGCUGUGGGAGUGAUGGAGUGGUCGUGGUUUACAACGUCCCGGACUUUGAUGUUCAUGUUGUCCUUUCUGAACAUGAAGCUGGAGUUUGUUCUUUUGCAUGGAGUCCUGAUGAUACGAGAAUGGUCACGUGUGGCCGUGAUAAUCGUGCGUGUUUAUGGAACACUGCAACUGGGGAAUUAUUGAAAACACUCCCUCGUUUCAGUGAGCCUGUGACCUGUUGUGUAUGGACACCGGAUGGAAAAUCCUUCAUCAUAGGCAGCUUAGCCAUCAACAAGAACUUAUGCCAGUGGAGCCUCGAUGGUGAUAUUAUAUAUGAUUGGGCUCGAGACCAUCGUAUUCGAGACAUAGCAGUCACACGGAACGGAAGUCGAUUGGCGGCUAUCGAGCAAUUAACCCAUCUGUAUGUUUAUAAUUUUGGAACUCGAGAGCUUGAAUAUGAGCUGGACCUCAAAGUCCAGCUAUGCUCGGUGAGCAUCAGCCAGAAUUCGAGGCACUUGCUGGUCCAUUGCUGCACUGGAGAAACGCGCAUGUUGGAUAUAGAGACAGGCGAGACAGUUCGAUCCUUUGUAUCAGGAGAUAAAGGGGGUGAAUUUAUUAUCAGAAGCUCUUUUGGCGGCGCCAAUGAAAGCUUUGUUGUUAGCGGAAGUGAAGAGGGCAACGUUGUGAUAUACCACAGAGAGAACGGAACAGUUGUAGAAAAGCUUGAAGGGCAUAAGAAGGGCUGCUGUAAUGCAAUUUCCUGGAAUCCAACGAAUCCAGCUAUGUUCGCUUCCGCAGGUGAUGAUGGUAAAAUUCGGAUAUGGUCGAGCGAGAAUACUCAAGGGGGGUUCCCAAAAUCGGUAGCAUUGAACGUUUCCAAUGGUUCGCAGCGCGAACCAAACGGCUGGUGA